UAAACAAAACGUGACAGUGACAGACAGCUUGGGCGGCAUUUUUUAUUUCUUACGAAGAAAACAUUAAUAAACAAAAUAAAGUAAAAUAAGUAAUACAGUUGCAGAUAAAGUAUUAAAUUUACAACUAUGUAUCAAAACCCAGCGAAUUUGGUAAACAAUGAGAACUACGCAACAUGUCCGUACGACCCCACGCACCGGGUAGCCCGCACCAGACUGCAGCACCACAUCAUCAAAUGCCAGAAGACCCAUCCACCACUAGAAAUAUGUCCGUUCAACGCAACACACCGCUACCCACCGGAUCAAAUGAAAAACCACUAUAAAGUGUGUCCGAAUAAGUUGGAAAAGGAACAAAAUCUUAGUUUCCGAAGUAAUAAUACUACGGUUGGAGCGAAACGGAAUCCGAUACAGCUGAUGCAGAAGGAUUAUCUGCCGGAGCAGGAUCCUGAGAAUGAAUGCUGGGAUGAUUAAGGGUCUAACAUGAUAUUACUGUUGAAUUUGUUAGGAUAGGUCGUAGCUGAGGUGAGUUAUAAUCCUAGAGAGCGCCCUAGGCAAGCAUUCCACAGGCGAAGAAUAAGAAUUUAUUGUUUUAUAUAGGGCAGGGGUGGCCAAAUGUACUCGCGAUCGACCUUUUAUACAAAAUAUUUAUGUGUACACAUACUUUAGUACCAAACACGGAAGUUUUUUUUUAAUUUCUGGUCCACGAUCGGUCAAUAAUGCUCUCGAGAUCGACCGGUCGAUCGCGAUCGACCUGUUGGCCACCCCUGAUAUAGGGUAAAUGCGCCUGUGCACAUCCACCUACCAAUUCCUCUUUGUUUUACAGAUUGCCAUGAAUGUAACUGCCGUACUAAAAACAUUCAAUGAUUAUUUAUAUUCAUACUUCAAUACUUAUUCAUACUUAAACUAUUCCUUAGUAACUAUUUUGUUCCGAAAACAAUUGCUAAGGACUGGGUUAAGUAACCAUUAAAUGACUGAGUAUGGCGGUAUGAUACUUAAAACCAAAAUCUGAAUAACCCAAAAAAUAUGGCACCUUUAAAUUGCUAUAUAACGUCUUACCUAUAAACAAAGGUUACUGCUUUACUUCGAUACCGUUAUUUUUACUUUUUUUUUAGUGACUUAUUAAAUGGUGUUCUGUAAGAUGGAUGCGAACAGGCUCACUUACCCUACCUACCUAAAUACCUAAGUAUAGUGAUUUCAAUGUCGUGAUUGCCAUGUCAAAUUGACCAAAAAGAGUGCUGGUUUUUAAAACCAUUUAUUAUAAUAGUUUCCUAUUUAGUUCUUAAUCUUUUUAUAAUAGAUUUAGAUUAGUGUUUAAGUUUAAUUUUCUAAGAUUUAUUUCAUUUCCAAAUGCUUAGUUUAAUAGGACCAACAGUUCUUAUGUUAACUAAAAAAACACGGUUUACUCAAUACUCUGAUGUCUGUGUUUCCUGAUGGGUAUAACCUGGGUGUCUUCAAAGCCCGAGUGAAUAG